AGGGCUCAGUUGAACAGAUCAGCAGCCAGAAGUGGGAACACUUUCUCCAAGGUCAGCCCAACUUUUCUUAUUCUCCAAUUCUGUGGACCAAGAGACAUCCAGAACUUAGAGAAGGUUUGCCCUCAGCAUCAGUUCUAAUUAUCCGUUGAAGUCAACUUAGUUAAUAAAUGUGGCUAAGAAUGAGCUACGAAGCCCAUCCAAAGCAUGCUUGAGGAAAUUCUGUCUCAGUCCCAUCAUAAGCAGCAAAAUCAUCGAUGACUUUCUCAAAGAUUGAUCAUGGUUAAGACUUAAAAGGUUUAUCGUUUGCAGAAGAAAGUUCUAAGACAAGACAAUGGAUUACUCCGGUCAGGAUUCCGCCCCACAAUACAUGGAGUCCUCUCAUUUGCAAGGAAAUGACGAUUCAGACCUUUUCUUUACGAGUCCUGAUGGCAUUGAUUGCAAUGCUGUGCCCACUUAUUUCCCUCGCAUGCCUGAAUCCUACAGGCACUCUCCAGUGCGGCAAUUAUACCCUCUUCUCAAUGGUUUGCAAUGGGGGGACAGCCAUCCCUACAGCACCGCAACCUGGGUCUCCAGUGCCUCCGGGAAAACCCACACCGGACUUCCUAUCUACACCUCUGCUACGUCCUCCUACCACACCCUGCACUCACCACCUUCUCCCAAGGACCUUUCCCCCGAUGGCAAGAGCAGCCCCAGAUAUUUGGAGAUGUUGAAGACGGAACGGAUCAGCCCCACUCACGCUGAACUGCUGCCCCUCGGGACCUCAACUGGCACAGCCCUCAGUCCUUACGCUAUGGGACAGGAGUAUGGAUAUUUCCCGAUGCCUGGAAGCCCGCUGGCAACUGGAUAUUCUCCCAAACUCCGAGGGACAAUGCAGCUCUCUCCCAGUGAGGCACGUGAGUGUGUGAACUGUGGAGCCACAGCCACCCCACUGUGGAGGAGAGAUGGCACUGGCCACUAUCUUUGCAAUGCCUGUGGGCUCUACCACAAGAUGAAUGGCCAAAACCGGCCCCUCAUUCGGCCCAAGAAGCGCCUGGUGAAUCGCCCCUUGGCAAUGCGCAAGGAUGGGAUUCAAACAAGGAACCGUAAGGUCUCUUCCGCCAAAUCCAAAAAGCGCAAAGGAAAUUCUGGGGAAACCGCAAUCCCCGCAAACACAUCCUUGGAGAUGAUGCCCUCUUCCUUGAUGGGGGAAGAAGCUGCUGCCCUUUAUCCUCUCAGCCCCAUGAUGCUACCAGGACAUUUGCUCCCCUUUGGAGCCAAUCCUCAUUUUCUAGGAUCUCCGACAAGUUUUCCUCCACAGGCUUCCCCCGUCCCACAUGGUUCCCCAGGUGUGGUCUCCGCUCUGGUGUAAACAGCCUUGUAGCCUGUGCACGCACACACACACUUUUUACGCACACAGAGACUUUGGGAACGCGAGGAGGGAGAAGAGUCUCCUAAACAAGGAUAGCCUUUCGGCAUAACUCCAUUAACAGUUUGGGCCACUUGAAAAUGGUUCCUGUGGGUGAGAACUGAGAUCCCCCCAGGUUAUCAGAGCAGACAGAAAGUAACAGUGGGGAAAUUCAUAUAAAUAAUGGAAGAGCUGGUGAUUAAGGGGCAAAACUGUUUUCUGGGAAGGCAAGGGAUCCUUUUGAAGGACCAGGACGGAUUGUGGAAAGCUCUCCCACU